AGAAACAGCAUCCUUCAGUUUCGCCUCUGUUCAUUUGAUGGAGCCCCGUGAGUGUAAUCCGUGUGUAUCAUGUGUUUAUGAGGGGCCUCGGUGCGCGGCCGUGGCUGCAGCUGUGUGAUCCACACAGGGCUGACAGGCUGCCGUCACAGGUAACCCCUCCAACACACACCUGAGCAGCCUGCGCUCAGGGACACUGACACACAGCGACUCGUCAGCGGGGAAGGUGGGUUUUUUCUUUCUUUUUUUUUUUUUUUGAAGGCUCUGUCAGUUUUCACGCAGUGUCCCGCACGGUUGACAAGAAAAGAAAAAAUAAUAAAUAAAAUAAAAGAGACGGAUGGCCAGAGCUUGCUCAUGUCUCCCAGUCGCCUCAUCCAGAGGAUGUGAAGAGUCGUCACUUCCAAACUCAUCCUAACACAAUCUGGAGAAAACUGAAUAACGAUACAACGAACAAUUUUCUCUUCAUGGAUCCAGUUAGAAAAAAAAAACCAAAACAAAACAGGAAGAGAAUAGAGAAUUAAAUGAAGGCCGACUGACCAAUUAAGCUCGUGCUAAAUAUUAUCCGCGCGCAUGGCAACGAAAAUAGACUUUAAUGGAGCUGAUUUGAUGUUUGCGCAACCUUGUUGUGCGUAAUUAAAAGCAAUCACCGGCUGGACUCACACUUACACCCCCUUCCCAAAAAAAGAAAAAGAAAAAAAAAAAAUCAGUUUGAACCUGUCAUAGGCCGUAAAUGCAAAUAAGCAGGCUACCUUGAGCUUUUCUACUGGUCCAGAUGAGUGUGUUAAAUGUCCUGGAGACAUGUGCGCGUAUGUGUGUGUGUCUGUGUGUGAGUGCGCGCGCGCGUGCGGGGGGCUAGUCUCUGGACGAAUCCGUUCCGUGUUGCGCGUCGAGUCCGCCUCUCCGCGCCCCUGCUUCCCAUUGACGCACUUUUUAAGCGUCUUCCCCUUCUCCACCUUAAGGCGAGCAGCAGCGGCAGCGACCAAUCACCAUGCCAUUACAGCCUUCAGAGGAAGCUGUUUAUGGGACUGCAGCGCUAAUUAGGCUCAUGAACUAACAAAUCUGCCUGCACGAACACGGCGAGGAAAACGAUCACAUCCAUGGAUUAGUCUGGGAGUAGCCGAGCACUUUUUAUUUUGGCUUCCUCGACACUGCCGCCUUUUCCCAACUUAUUUACUGCGCAGAAACUUUGCCCCUUUUCUUGGGUGUGGAGUAUUUUCCAAGCGAGAGCGCCUCCGACAACUUUAACUUAAACUGGGGAAUCUGGACUAUCAGACCAUGUUUCAACCGACACCCAAGAGGUGUUUUACUAUAGAGUCUUUAGUGGCGAAGGAUAAUCCUGUACCGGCGUCCCGCACCGAGGAGCCCAUCAGGCCAGCGGCUCUCAGCUAUGCAAACUCCGGCCAGAUGAACCCCUUUCUCAACGGCUUUCACUCCGGCGGCAGGGGCGUCUACUCUAACCCGGACUUGGUGUUCGCCGAGGCGGUCUCUCAUCAGCAAAACUCCGCCGUCCCGGUGCAUCCGGUGGCCCCGCCGCACGCUCUGGCCGCUCACCCGCUUUCAUCCUCACACAGUCCGCACCCUCUUUUUGCCAGCCAGCAAAGAGACCCAUCAACUUUCUACCCCUGGUUAUUACACAGAUAUAGGUACUUGGGUCACAGAUUUCAAGGUAAAAGUGUGGUUUCAGAACCGGAGGACGAAGUUCAAGCGACAGAAGUUGGAGGAGGAGGGCUCCGAGUCUCAGCAGAAGAAGAAAGGAUCGCAUCACAUAAACCGGUGGAGACUGGCGACCAAACAGUCGAGCCCAGAGGAAAUUGAUGUCACUUCGGACGAUUAAAAAAAAAAACCAACAACAACAAAACAAACUAUAUCAGCGUCUGACUGAAGGAGGACUUGGAUAAAUGAUGCCGUGUAGAGACAGUGAGAGGGUUUAAAGCCAAUAACAUUUCAGAUCUGCGGAGAUCGGCAGCUGAGGGUGAGAGGAACCCGGCUGGUGGCACUGCUGUCACCGCGCUGGGUCUGUCAGUCCAAAUGGCCCAGGAAGAUGCGACUGACAGUGUCUCAGUCCACCUACCUGAACCCUUCCACGCACCGACCACCACCACCGCCACCACUACAAUCUCCUAUCUACAACCACCUAAUUUUACUCCAAUUCAUAUUGGACGUUUGCACUUCAGAGGGUUUUUUUUUUUUAAAAGGAAAAAAAACACACACACACACAAAACAAAACGUUUCCACUCAAGAUACCAAAACACCAAACUGCUUUUGUAAAACUUGAAUUGCAUGGUACAGAUUUUUUUUUUUUCUUGGUUGUUGUUUUUAAUUUGACGAGUUUUUUUUUUCUCAAACCAAGACGAAGAAGAAGAAGAAAAGAAAAAAAUCCAUUUUGUUUUUAACUCUAUUUUCAAACUGAGAGAUGUCGUGCUUCUUCCUUUUUACAAAGUGUGCAGUCUUUAAUUAAUGAUUCUCGUGUAAAAGUGAUUGUGAAAACAUAUGAAGUAGCGGUGCUGCGUUAUAGUGUUUUUUUUUUUUAAAGAAAACAAGAAGAAAAAAAAUUCGACUUCAUAAAAAAGAUUUUUAAAAAAAAACCAACAACUUUCUAAAAAGUCAAUCAGACCACAGAUUUAAAGGGAAGGCAUCAGGACAUUCCUUUAACCUAAAGCUUUACCAAUGUGUCGCUGUGGCCCCACGCAGCCUUCUGUCAGGACUUUGACCCUCCAGUGAAAGUUGCCACGAAGGACUAAAUGCAAGAAUUGAGAGAGAGAUUGAAAGAGAGAGAGAAAAUAAAAACCUUCAAGCACUGAGCGUAUUCCAUGUACAGAAAUGCUAAAAGUUAAUGUUUCUGUUAAACCCUCUUUUACAGAAUGUAAAUAAUUUUUGUGUUUGUGUUAAGUUUGCUACAAUUUUAACACAAAGUAUACUUCCAAGAAGUAUGUAAUUGUCAAUAUUUUGUCAAUAAAGUUUUAUCAAUA